GAGGGUGAGAGCAGCAGGACCAUGACUGGGUGCUAAGCGGGGGGCGGAGGUAUGACAACUGCCAUCCCUGCUCCCAGCCUAGGUGCAGGGUUGGACUCGUGGGGCUCCCAGAGGUGAUGACGGGGCGGGUUUAUUCCAGCAUCCACCCAGAGGCUGGGCAGUCGCUGAGCAGCCUGUGCAGCCACUGAGCAGCCUGUGCAGCUGCCUUACAGAUUACAGCUGGUCGAGGUUGCAGUUCUCCAGCAGGAGGGACAGCAGCUGCGCACUGGUAAGGACAGAGGGUCAGCGAAGUGGCCCUGAGCACCCCAUGGGACAAGUGCCAGCUGCGCAUCAACUUGCCCAUUCACAGGACAGCAAGGGAGGGCCACGGCCACCACUGUGGCCACCACUCCCCUCACCGGGACCAAUGGGAGCCUGCCUGGCCCACACGUCGCACACCGUCAGCGUGUAAAUAGGGGCAGGAGCGGGACCAUAUUCCUUCAGCGACCCUGCCUCCCUGGGAGAUGCUGGCCUGGAGGGAGUUGGACGCCAGCUGGGGGCUCAUCAGGGACCGGAGCAUAGGGAUGUGCCGCAGCAGUACUGAGCCAUGAGAAACUUCACGCUCCAGGGACGCACGGCUCUGGGAAGCAGCGAGGCAUUCACUGAGCCCGAAACACAGCUCCAAAACGCUGGAGCAUCUCAACCCCCUGAUGCCAGAUGCCAGUUCCUACCCGCCUUCCCUGCAACCGGGUGCUGGGCAGCCCACGGCCAGCUGGAGCACAGCCAGAACACAGGUAUGCAGUAGCCUCCCGUGAGACGCGGCAGAGCUGGGUAGGGUGAUGCCACCCUGUAACUCUUUUCAAGCCCCACAGCUGGAAUUGAGAUCCUCCUUUGCACAGUGCAAAGGAGCGUGUGCAGAUGCUUGGUAGAGACCCCCCUGCCCCCCCCAAGACAGAACAGGGGGAGACUGGGAAGGACCGCAGCAUCUUUUCUCUUGCAUCUUGUGGAGCCUGGCUGUGCUGCCAGGCUGCACAGAGGCUCCUGCCCAGCACAAUGUCCCCAUGGGUGCCUGCAGACCCACUCUGGCCACAGGUGGCAAAGUUGCUACUUCUGCUCCAGCUGUGUGCCCACAGCCACGCUCCCCGUGUCUCCCCGCUGCCCCACAGCUGCCCCACUGCCUGCAUCUGCACCUCCGACCUGCUGAGCUGUAGUCGGCAGACACUGCGGCACCUACCCCAGGCACUGCCACCCACCACCACCACACUGGACCUCAGCCAUAAUGCCCUCACCCAGCUCCACGACUACUGGCUGGCUGCCCUCCCGCACCUUGAAGCCCUCCACAUCAGCCACAACCAGAUUGAGGACCUUUCUCCACAAGCUUUCCACAAUGCCUCCUACCUGCGGCACCUUGACAUGUCCUCCAACCACCUGCGUGCCAUUGAGAUGCACUACUUUGAUGCACUGGUGAGCUUGGAGGAGCUUCUGCUCUACAACAACCGCAUUACACGGGUGGAUGAAAAUGCCUUCACCAAGCUGAGCAGCCUGCGGAAAGUCUACCUGAGCUGGAACAACCUGACCACCUUCCCCUUCCACUCAGUGCAAGGGCUGGGCAACUACAGCCUCCGCACGCUGGACCUGUCCUCCAACAGCCUGAGCAGCAUCCCUGUGGAGGAGCUGGCAGCUCUGCCUGAAAACAUCAGGAAUGGCUUGUACCUGCACAACAAUCCCAUCAGGUGCAGCUGCCCGCUCUACCUCAUGCUCCAGCGCUGGAAGCAGCGAGGUUUCAGUUCUGUGAAGGAUUUCUUCGAGGAACACACGUGCAAGGUGUCUGACAACGUGCCCCGGUCCCUGAUCAAGUUCCUUAAAUACAGCCGCAUGUUCGAGAACUGCUCGGCAGGCCCUGAAGACGUGCACCCUGUGCCCUUUCCUGUAAUGGUGGGCCAGACCCUCCUGCUCACCUGCAACACCAGCCUGCCAGCUGCAGCCACCACCUACAUGUGGAUCUCCCCUCACCAUGAGCCCAUCAAACACCCAGGGAACAGCAACCGCUCUUUGGAGGUCUACCACAAUGGCAGCCUGAAGAUUGCGGUGGCCAAGCCCUGGCACUCGGGGGUCUAUGUGGCCUUGGCCAUCAACAGCCCCCACAAUUUCAGUAGGCUGUGUGAAGUCAACGUGUCAGUCCACUACUCCAAGCCCGAUGGGGAGGCCUUCAGCACUGGCCUCACAACCCUGCUGGGGUGCAUUGUGAGCCUGCUGCUCGUGCUCAUUUACUUGUACCUCACACCCUGCCACUGCCUGAGUUGCUGCAAGAAGCCGGCUCCUCUCAGCCCUCCGCCGGAGCGCAGUGCCCAGUCCUCCAUCCUCAGUGCCACUCCCCCCGCCACUGAUGGGCCAAACCGCAAAGUCAGUGCCAAUAAACAUGUGGUCUUCCUUGAGCCUGUCAGGGAGACGCAAAACGGCAAGAUCCGCCUGGCCCUCGGUGAGGACUUCCCUGAUGCCAAGCACUCCAAGGUCCUGCAGCUCAAAUCGGACUCGGAGUCCAUCAGCUCUGUCUUUUCGGACACCCCCAUCGUGUCAUAGCAGAGCAGGAGGGAGGGAGCUGAGAGGAGAGCCAGGGCCUUCUGAGAGCUGUUCUCCUCCAUCACUGCUAGAAGCAGGAUUAUCAGGCACCCUGAAAUCCCAGCUUGACUGCAACCUGUGAGGGUGAUUGGCAUCACCUGCAGCUGCUUCAGCCAUAAGCCCCUGGAUUUUGGGCCAGUUGCAUGCUGGCGCCCAGCAAGAGCUCCUCGUGCAAGCCACUGGCAACAGCCUCAUUUGCACAAGGGUAAUGCUAACGAACCCAGCACACCUGAGAAACCCCCACUUCAUUCGGGCAGACAAACUCCCUAAUGGUGACACUGGGGCCGGCAUACUGCCACACCCCUAGGCAUGCGAGACCGAACCUGGCACCACCACCAUGGAACCCCAGGCCAAGGAAUAGCUGUGAUGAGUGGGCACUGUCCUUAUUCAUGCCAUGGCUCCUGGGGAUGGCCACUAUCCUCUCUCAGCCUGUGCCAGUCCCCAUCGGCAUGCUGUGUCUGGGAGCCGGGGGAACAUGAUCCCAUCGCAAAGAGGGGUAUGUGCCCCCUCCCUGAAUGUGGCACGCAGGAGGGAUGGAACUCAGCACCUGACCUGCCAUGCAGCCAAGCAAAUGUUACAAGCUUUUGCCUCCCAAGAAGCUGUAAAUAGUCAAGGCAGGAUUAGGUGAUGCGAUACAGUGCCCCAGCCAGCAUUGCUCAGCGCUCUCCAUGCUACCAAGGACGAUGAGGUCUCAGAUGCACCACCCUCCUUUGCUGCUUCCCCUUGAGGUGGACAAACACGCUGCUAAAGCACAGCUAUUUAGGCAGUAAUCUAAUAAGCCUAUUGAUAAAUGUGAGUAAUCCUCUCCUCUCUUGGGUUGUAAUUCUCUAGUUACAUUGGAAUAAAAAAUGCCUAUUUUUUUAAGCUCA